AUGGCUAAAGGAUCAUUUCAUCUGCUCCUGUGGGCCGUACCUCUGCUGCUGCUUGCGUCGAUCCCAGCCGCACGGUUAGAGGACACGGCAAUCCAACCGUUCUCGUCCGAUGAAGGCACUCUCUGGCAGCUACACGGCCGCGAAUUCGCCCUACUGAGGCGCCGACUUACCAAGAAAACCACCGCCCAGGCAAGCCCGUCGCCGUCUCCGGUAUCCCCUAAGAAGAAAAAGAAAGCGACACCGAGCCCGCCCAAGGAUAGCAGCGGUAACAGUAAGAACUCGGGCGGCAGCGGCGGCAGCACGGGCACGUCUCAACCGAAAAGCCAACCGAAGGCCAAGAGCCCGCCUACGGUUCAGGGAGGAUCAACGCAGAAGAGCCCAAAGAAGAGCCCUAACAAGAGCCCGAACGCGAGCCCGACUAAGAGUCCUGGCAAAAGCCCCGAUAAGAGUCCUGCCAAGAGUCCCAAUAAGAGCCCCAACACCAACCCCGAUAAGAGCCCCAACAAGAGCCCUGCCAACAAGAGCCCCGAUAAGAGCCCCAGCAAGAGUCCGAGCAAGCCCAAGUCCCCACCAAAGCCGGCAGAGACAAAUGUCACGAAGAGCCCGAAGAGUCCUAAGAAGCCCAAGUCGCCUAAGAGUCCGAAACAACCGAAGCCUCCUACUCCGCCUCCCGCCCCUCCUAAAAUUGAGUGCGAGGUGCACAAGAACGAGCAAUUGGUUAUCAUGGAUGGUAAUCUCUUUUUCACCAAUAAGCUGGAUCAGUGCGAAGGGUCUUCCUCUCGUUUCGGAACCGUUUUCCACCGGAAUAUAUCGCGCUAUCCCCUGGUGUGGGAUGACUCCGCGCAUUCUCGAAAGCCUGAAUGGGCGGGCGGCAGGAAGCGAGCGCCGGCGCCAACGCUCGAGCCGGCAUGGGAGCGGUUCGGAGUGUGCUCGAGCAGAAAGGGUCCGGUUUACGUGACGAUUACUCCACGCCAAAUCGGAACGAGGUGGAAGGGAUGGGGGACGUCGCUCGCAUGGCUGGGCAACUACAUCAGCGGGUUCCCCCAGGCGGCGAUGGACCCUCUGCUGGACCUCAUGUUCCUCCCCCCGGGCCUCAACAUCAAUAUAGUGCGAUUUAAUAUAGGCGGCGGCUCGCUCCCGCAGUACAGCCCUCAGCUAUACACUGAUUCUCCCCUGCGCUGGCGGGCCAUGCCGGGGUACUGGCCGGCGCAGGCAGCGGGGUUCAACUGGACGGCGGAUUCGCGGCAGCAGGCGGUGCUGCUGGGAGCCAAGGCCCGCGGGGUGAACGUGUUCGAGGCGUUUUCCAACAGCCCGCCCUGGUGGAUGACUGAGAGCAAGGACGUCUCAGGGGCAAAGAAGCCGUGGAGGACGAACCUGCUGAGACGGUACGAGGGGAAGUUUGCCAAAUACCUCGUAAAAGUCGUGGAAGGGCUUGCAAAAAGCCCGACGCUGGGGAACAUUGAAUUCGAUACACUAGAGCCGUUUAAUGAAGGGCUGGAGGGGCAAUGGGUGAGUGGGAUGGAGCAGGAAGGGUGUAACUUCAAUCCACCUGAGAUGAGCCGAGUUCUACUCAAGACUUGGCUGGCUCUGCGGAAAAGGAGGCUCAAGACAAAGCUGGUUGGGGUCGACAGCAACGCGGUUUUAACCAGCAUAGGGUUACCACUGGUCCUCGGGAAUACUCUCCUGCACAGGAUCAACGUGCACGGUUACCCUCUGCCGUUACACAUGUACCUAAACGUGACAACUGCACAGGCUAAAUUGUUGACAACUGCACGUUACACCCAUAUGAAGCGGCUUGCCAGAUCUCUCCAGAAGGAAGUGUGGGUAUCCGAGUCAGGUCCGUUACUCAGGGAUGGUAGUGCUUACGACCUUUCGCUCUACAUGAUGCGGAACAUCAUUGAAUCAGUCAACAUCCUGGAAGCUUCUGCCUAUAGUUAUUGGCAAAUUUACGACGGCAGCGACAAGUGGUCACUGAUCAGGAUAGACUGGGACCACCCUCCUGGUUACACUGGACCGUUUGAUGCUCCUGUGUUGCUGAAGCGGUUUUGGAUGCUCAAGCAGUUCACAGACCUGGUGAGGCCUGGGAGCCUGCCGUUGGUGGUGCCAAGUAAGUGCCAACACACUGUAGCUGCUUUCUACAGUACGGAGAAACGGACAGUGAGUCUGUUUAUAGUGAUUCAGAGGGCAGAGGAUGCUACGUUAGAUGUGAGGCUGACUGGGUUCAAGCUGCAUGUGGAGGGACGAUCAGAGGCAGUCAGUCUUUCUUAUCUGUAA